AUGUAUCCCGCGGUACUCGAGGCGGUCCAAGACCACGACGUCGGGCAGCCCCCCCUCAAGAUCCCAGAUUUUACGCGCGUGGCACUAAAGCUCCCAUUCGUGGACCGCCUCAAUGACGGAUACUCUGCCUUCAAAUACACACCUCCCCAAGUCAUCAGUGCUACCAACUUGGUUGCGCUCCUCGGCUCAGCUAUCUACGGCCAGACUGUAGCAGGAACUUUCGAACCCGCCUGCAACGCGUACGCAAGUGGUGGCCAAGGGGAGACGUAUAUGCGCGCAUAUACCGUUUUGGACUCUCUUGUUCCCAAUGCUAAGCCUGUCGCUGACAUAUCCUUUGGAGCGGCGGCGAGUAUCCCAUACACCCUCGAAGCUUUUAUGAAUGUCCUGAACCAGCCUCUUUUCGGAGACGGCGUACCGUUAUGUGACAACUACAUCACCCUGUUCAAUACCACUGUAACGUCCGGAAUGUAUGCCCCGGUGCCUGUAAAGGGCACGGUUGCGGUUCGAUCGCCGUUGUACCCGACUGAAGAGACAUUUGAGGACGUUUAUGGGUACAGGAUGGCGAAUGCGUUUGUAGAGAGGAACGGUGUGGAUUGUGAGAGUUUAAAGGGGUAUUCUGGGAGGUAA